GGCGCUGAAGCGCAACUGCCGGCAUGCCGGGUGAAGAUGUAUAUUUACAGCGAUAAAAUAAAUGGAAAUAUCAUUUAUGUUUAUUACUGUACUGUUUGCUGUGAAAGAAAAUGAACAGUGUCAAACAAGGAGAAGUUUUUGUAACGUGUCAUCCCUAUCUGCAGGAGAUUAGUUAUGGCUGCAGUGAACGCCUUCGUAAUCUUAUCCUUAGCCGUAUUUAUGAUUUUCUGCAUCGGCAUUCGUAACUUUUUAGUGGAUUUUGAAGAAAAUGGCUGUGAAAUGACAUAUAUGUUCGAGUAUCCUCAAUAUGUCAAAAUCUCUCUCCCACAAAAUGUAACAAAAAAGUACAGCCGCUAUGGACUGUAUGCUUAUGGAGAAGGCCAGUUUACUGAGAAACUGAGACAUAUGAUAUUUAAUGGCGUACCAGUACUCUUCAUUCCAGGAAAUAGUGGUUCCCACAAACAAGUCCGUUCAUUGGCAUCCGUCAGUCUCAGGAAAGCUAUUUCCUCACAUUCAAGGUUUCAUUUUGAUUAUUUCUCAUUGGAUUUCAAUGAAGAAUAUUCAGCAUUGUUUGGAGGGGUCCUUCAAGAGCAAACAGAAUUCCUUCAUAUCAGUAUUAAGAGAAUUCUUUCAUUAUACGAGAGAAGUCCGUCAAAACCAAAUUCUGUUGCACUUGUUGGACAUUCAAUGGGUGGUGUAGUGGCAAGAGGCUUAUUCAUGUUGCCUGAUUUCAAUACAUCACUUGUAAAAGUGAUAGUGACAUUAGCAACACCACAUGUAUCUCCUGUCCUCUCUGUCGACUGGCAUUUAUCUUCAUACUUUGGUAAAACCAAUGUAUUUUGGGGAACACACAGGAAUGAUCAGUUGAAGAAUGUCACUUUUGUUUCACUGGGUGGAGGACACCGUGAUGUUAUGGUUCAGUCGGCACUUACAAUUAGUUCCUCUGCUGACAUCAACAUUCUGACAACAGAUGUGCCAACUGUUUGGCUGUCCACUGACCAUCUGUGCAGCCUGUGGUGCAAACAACUUGUUUUGGUCCUAGUGAGAGCUUUUUUUGAUAUUGUGGAUAUUUCAACAAAACAAAUAUCUGACAACCCAGUACUUCGCAAAGACAUUUUCUACUAUCACCUAGUCCACAGAACAGGUGGCAAACGUUUCUCCAUAUCGGAGCAUCCACAUCAGCUGCUGUUAAGUGCAGAUGCAGAAUGGGAGGAAUAUCUUCAGAGAAAGCUAUCAAUAUCAGAACCAUAUGGACUUCGAGGCACACGUCAUACUAUGGUGCGUUUGGUGAAUGAUGAGAAACAUCAUUGGCUUACUGUAGUUGUCAGUGGUCUGGAAGCCAAAGACUGGAUCUUUGUAUGCUCAGCAGAUGUUGUUUGGAAGUCUUCAAGAAUGUGUGAUAUUGGUGUCAAUCUCUCAAAUGAAACAGUGUUCCUUCCUUCUGCGUCAGUGAAGAGAAAAAUGAUACACGUGGACUUACUGAAAUUGAAGGCUAACACAUCAUUCACCCAUGUUGUGUUACGGUUAUUACCUACAAGUAAUCCACUGCAGCUUCAUAUAGAUGUCCAUUCAUCAGAGCGACAUUUUGUAGUCCCAUUGCCACCUUUACUUCCAUUCUCACGUCCAGUUAGUAUAUUACCAAAACUGACAGAUGAGAAGGCAUUGCAUUACCGAUUUUAUUUGCCAGAUCUGGAAAAGCUGUGGCAAGCAUACCUACUUUAUAUAAAACCUGUUACUUGCCGCAGUGGUGCACACCAAGCAGUUGCAAAGUUUUAUGUGCCAUGGAAUAAGGAAGCAGUUCAUAAACUUGUGACCGGCAAGUCAGCAACUCCAUUGAAGGUGAAACUGCAAUCACCAAAGCCAGCAUUAUACAAUGGAUCCAAACACCCACACAUUGAUCUAAUAUUGGAUGCUUCUUGUCAGUACAUGUUAAGCAUCCAACCCUCCAUAGCUGACAGUCUUGGACAGUUAGUACGAUUCUACUCACCUCAACUGCCUGCAUAUGUGGCCACCAUACUGUUACUUGUACUGCGCCAGCAAAUAGUAGAACUCUCAAAAACUGGAAGCUGUGUCAUGUUUCAUACUGCUUUGGGAACAGGUGGCAAAGCGUAUAACUUGUUCUUUGUUGCCAUAAUCACUUCUCAAAUACUCAGGUGGUGCAUGGAUAUAAUGCCCUUGUCAUUCCUCAAGGAAUCAGGUGUGAUGCCUGUGCAGUAUUUAGACACUGAUACUUUUCUUUUGUCAUCAUUACUGUAUAUGGUUUCAUUCACUAUUGUCUUCCUGAUGGGAGUGUUUUGCUGGGCAGCCAUUAUUCUGUCUGGACAAGCAGCUCACAAAAUGGCACUGAGAUUUUUGGCCAAAACUGUAACAGGUGUUAUUGUUCUGUCUGACUGGACUCUGUCAGCAUUGUCUCACCUACCUGCCACUGUUGCUGUAAUUCUUCUGGCACUUACAUUUAGUACAUGUGGUUCACUGAGCCUCUGCAUUGGAUUAUUUUUCUUCUUCUUGAUGUUGUGCAAAAUGUAUGAAGAUUACCUCGAGCAACUGGUGAGAAUGUCUCUCCAUUUCAUUGCAAAAACUUUGAAAGGUGCUACUAAAAUGAAACAGAACUUGCCAGACAGGAACAAGGAAGAAGAAAAGGAAGAGGACAACAAUAUAGAAGAUAAAACGAAUGAAGAGAAUGAAACUGCUUUGGAGAACACUAGGAAAGAUGAUGACGAAAUUCCUGAAUUAGAGCACAAAGAAAAUGAUACAAAUAAUGAAGUUACAAAUAGUGAAGUUACAAAUAGUGAAGUUACAAAUAGUGAAGUUACAAAUAGUGAAGUUACAAAUAGUGAAGUUACAAAUAACGAAGUUACAAAUAACGAAGUUACAAAUAACGAAGUUACAAAUAACGAAGUUACAAAUAACGAAGUUACAAAUAACGAAGUUACAAAUAACGAAGUUACAAAUAACGAAGUUACAAAUAACGAAGUUACAAAUAAUGAAGUUACUAAUAAUGAUGCUGCCCAGGCUGAUGACCUCAAUGAGAAGAAAAAUGAGAAGGGUGGAAGUAAUGGUAAUGAAGAAAACAAAGUAAAAGAUGAAACAGAAAAGGGAGCAACUCCAGAUGCAAAGCAAAGCAAGAACAGUGACAACUCUCUUUCUGCACUCCAUUUUAAUUUUACCAUUUUUAUAAUCUGGCUCACAGUGUGUGCUCUUAAUGUGCCAAGUGCCCUAGUGUGGGCUCAUAAUUACAGGUAUAAUAGAAGACUGGAACCUGAUCCAUCGCUGCCUUUAAGUGUUGUUCUCUGUACUUGUGCAGGAUUUCUGUGGCAGACAAAUGUGCCAAAAAAUAAUUUAAAAUACUACAAUGCUGUCUCAAAAACGUUGUAUGGACUUGCGGUCUUUGCUUUCUGCUAUGGCCCAUUGUCACUUUAUGUAAUGAGUCCUGUAUUGGCAACAGCAGUUGCUAUUGUUACCAUUCACCAAAUGUUCUUCCCAUCUUCUUCAUCAAUGUGAUAUUUGAUGUUUAACAUAUAGACUUUAUUUUCGUGUGUUCUUAUAUGUGCUUUUUUUUGCUACUUAACAAAGACUGUACAAAAUUUGUAACAAAGAACAGAUGUGAUAUUUAUAUGUUUGUUAUAGAGAUGUAUUUGUAGUAUUCAUGGAUUGUGAAUUAGAUACUAAAUAUUUAUGAGUAAUUUAUAUUUUGUGUAACAUCAGAGUAAAGCAGAAUUAUGAGCAGUCUUGCCUCAAUA